GUGGCCCGUCUAAGCUGAAGUAGGCAGCCACACUGGGCACUCGCCGGCCGCCGCUGCCCCCGUCCCAGCCAUGCUCGCCGCACCGGCGGCGCCCACUCGCCGCAGCAUCUUCCUCGAGUUCAUGGCCAAGGUGGCGCGGUUCGAGGAGCUCGCUGAUGGCGGGAGGCGGUUCCUCGUGAGCUUCCAGCAGGAGCUAGAGUAUUUUCGGAGGCCGCAGGUUCCUAGUGGAUCAGAUGUUAUGAGUGAGAUAAUUAGAUCUAACUGCACUGACAGGAUGAAGUCGUAUCUCGAAGCUGGCUGCAGCAGUCAAUGUCGGAGCAUCUCGAACUUGAAUCACUUACAUUCAUGUGAGGGCGAGCUUGAAGAUCAUGUAAAUAAAGUGAAUGCCCUGCUCAAAGAACUUCAAUGCCUAGUGGAAGAUGCAUAUGACGCUGCACUAACAGCCAACACGAUGAGUAGCGGAUCUUUCAUCAUGGAGGAAAAGGAGCAGUAACUUGGACAUCAGUUGGACAGUGAUUCGUCUCUUGUUACAAUGAUGAUCCUUGUUCAUAACAUGCUGAAGCUCGACUACGCGAUGCAGGAGAAGAUUGUGCGGACACUAUCCUUAAAAUCAUCGUCACCGGAGCUCGAGGGCUACUGCCUUAUGUGGGAGCUGCGCCCCUACGUCGAUGACGAUUUGAUGAAUCUCGCGUGGAAAAUGUGUCGAUGAAACUAUGGCAACGCCCACGAUGAUCAGUAUCCAGUCGGUCUCCGACGACCUGUUUCUGUAAUAGCUUUGGAUUGUGGCUCUGAGAACUUGAGAGGGUUGUGCUGUGUCACACUGGAAGUGUUGAUUGGGACACCUAAUUCGAAUGAAUCAAUUUGGCAGAGUAAUAUUAAGAUUCUCCAUCGUGAGACACGCCCGUUCGAUAAAGAAAUGCUGGGGCAUUUUGUCCCGCCGUAUGACUGAAUAUAUUCUACCAUUAACGUCAAA